AUGAGUCCUUUGGCAUAUGACAAUCUUGCAGGAGCAUCAUUUGUGAGUCCCACAGGACCUUGCAAGCCAUUUGACGCAGGGGCAGAUGGAUAUUGCCGUGGGGAGGGAUUUGCUGCGAUCUUUAUCAAGAAGAUGUCGGAGGCUUUGGCAAAUGGUGACAUUAUCCUGGGAACAAUCGCUUCCACAGCCGUCCAGCAGAAUAGUAACUGUACGCCAAUUGUGGUUCCAGACGCGUGCUCUCUUUCUCGGUUGUUCACACAGGUGACUGGACAGGCGCACCUCCAACCUCGGGAUAUAUCAGUUGUUGAAGCUCAUGGAACAGGGACACAGGCUGGUGAUCCUGCAGAAUAUGUCAGCAUCAGAAAGAGCUUAGCUGGGCCACAGCGCACUACUCCAUUAGCCCUUGGAUCUGUUAAAGGCCUGGUCGGACAUACUGAAGGUGUGUCCGGCCUAGUUGCCGUGGUGAAGGUCUUGCUAAUGAUAAACGAGGGCAUGAUUCCUCCGCAGCCGAACUUCCACACACUGAAUCCACAUAUUGAAGCAUCUCCGGACGAUCAGAUGCAUAUACCAAUGACUCUCACAGAAUGGACCGCAAGCUUCCGUGCGGCACUUAUCAACAACUACGGUGCUUCGGGAUCCAAUGCAUCUAUGGUGAUCACGGAAGCUCCUGGUGCGUUCGCGAAUCAAAUAUUCCCUCCCAUCAAUACUUCUAACCUCGCUCUUCCAAUCCGAAUAUGCGCUUCAGAUGAGGGUCGACUUAGUGACUGCACGAGCCGGUUGCACCAAUUCCUCCAGCAUCAAGUCAUAUCUGCGGCAUCUGCUACAGACUUGGGGAACCUAUCUUUUAACAUCUGUCGCCAGUCCAACCCCACACUAGAGUCACAGAUAGCUUUUAGCUGCUGCUCUCAAUCCGAGCUUGCUUCUAAGCUGUCGACCAUAAUGAAUGGCGAUACGAACCACAUUUUCAGGCUUAUGAAGAGUCCUCGCCCGGUCGUAUUGUGUUUUGGUGGUCAGGUCUCUACUUUUGUAGGCCUGGACCGCACCGUAUAUGAUUCCAUCUCGCUUCUUCGUCAUCACUUGGGGCAAUGUGAUUCCCUAGCACAGUCAUCUGGAUGCGGUAGCCUUUUCCCUAGCAUCUUUGAGCGCAACCCCAUUACCGACCAAGUACAGUUACACGUGCAACUCUUCUCUUUACAAUACUCCUGCGCGCGGUGCUGGAUGGAUUCGGGGCUAUCGGUUGCAGCUGUUGUUGGACAUAGCUUUGGCGAAUUGACUGCACUAUGCAUAUGUGGCACCCUAUCACUUUGCGAUGCAAUAAUACUGAUCGCUCGCCGCGCAGCUAUCAUUCGUGACGGUUGGGGCCCUGACCCUGGCGCUAUGAUUGUAGUGGAGGGAAAUAAGGACGACAUCAUACGUCUUAUAGAUGCUGCCUAUCGCAGCGGCUCCACAAAUAUUGCUCCAGCAACGAUUGCUUGCUUUAAUGGUCCCAGUAGCUUCACGCUCGCUGGAGCCACGGCUGCAAUUGAUGCAGUCCAAGCAAUCCUUAAAGCCCCCUUGUAUGCUAGCCUUAAAGCAAAAAGAUUAUUUGUGACGAAUGCCUUCCAUUCAGGCUUAGUGGAUCCUUUGUUGCCAGCCAUCGAGGGCGUUAUGCGUGGGAUAAAUCCGCAACAGCCAAUCAUUCUGUGUGAGAGGGCGACACAGAGCUCGUCCACAGCUACAAUCUCGUCCAGUAUGGUUGCAGAACAUCUCCGCCAGCCAGUCUACUUCCACCACGCAGCACAACGAUUGGAAGAGAGAUAUGGCCCAUGCGUAUGGGUAGAGGCCGGUUCCAAUUCCACGAUCACAAUCAUGGUCAGUCGGGCUCUUGCGUCUUCAUCGGGACACCACUUUCAAGCUGUGAACAUCACAGAUGACCGCGGCAUGCAAAGCCUAAGCGAUUCAACUAUCAGUCUCUGGAAGGCAAGCGUAUCGGUAACGUUCUGGGCUCACCAUGCCCGACAGUCACAUGAAUACGCCCCUAUACUUCUGCCACCAUAUCAAUUUGAGAAAGGCCGGCAUUGGCUUUCAAACAAAAAGCUUCCUGGACCUCCACACGAAGUGGGUACCAGACCGGCAACUGAAGCGUCUGCUUUACGAUUUGUCGGAUACCAAGAUAGCCAGCAACUAGUUACCAGAUUUAGUAUCGACACUGCCCACCCGCAGUACCAGGAGUUGAUCGCGGGGCAUGUCGUUUCACAUACUUCGCCAGUUGCGCCUGCGUCUUUAAUGCUGGAUUACGUUGUUGAAGCACUCCGCAGGUUACCAGAAUGUGCAGGGCGAAUACCCCAGGUUCACAAUGUCACAAGCGAUGCACCUCUCUGUUUGGAUAUGUCUCGAGAUCUAUGGAUUGAGUUGCAUGCGCAGGAUACCCAUAAGCAUAUAUGGGGUUUAAGGUACCUGAGUGAACAACUACAAAAGGGGCGACGGUCACAGGUCCUCCACUGUUCUGCUAGAUUCAUUAUGUUUGACCCGCACGAUACACAGAUAUGCGGCGAAUUCGCUAUGUACAGCCGCCUGGUGAGCCAUCACCAUUGCACGGAGCUUUUGAAUGAUCCGAAUAUAAGUGACAUUAUUCAAGGGCGGAAUGUCUACCGGACCUUCGCUGAGAUUGUAGACUAUUCGGAGCCUUAUCGCGGAGUGCAAAAGCUCGUUGGAAAGGAUAAUGAGUCAGCAGGUAGAGUAGUCAAGAGGUACACCGGACAAACAUGGGUGGAUACAUGUCUGUGUGACUCGUUUAGCCAGGUUGCCGGCUUUUGGGUCAACUGCAUGACGGACCGGUCACCAUCUGAUAUAUACCUAGCCAGUGGUAUGGAGAGAUGGAUGCGGUCGCCAAUGUACGCUGACCCUACUACACCUCGACCGAGCACAUGGAAUAUAUUAGCAAAGCACGAGCGAGGAGAUGACUGUUAUAUUAGUGAUAUCUUUGUCUUUGAUCCAACGACGGAACAGCUUGUCGAGAUUUUUCUGGGGAUGAAAUAUACUAAGGUGAAAAAGGCAACAUUUUCCAAGAUUAUCGGCAGAUUUAUGCCACGAUGUGCAACACAAUCACCUGAUGUUGGAAAGCUUGAGGUUGCAGCGUCGCACUCAGCUGUUUCCGUCCCACACGGUGUUGGAGCCAAGUCCAAGAAUGGCCAGGAGAGAUCCAGGACUAACCUUGCAGCCCGUGUCAAGGCAGUUGUAGCCGAUUUCUGUGCCAUUGACCCUAAUGAGAUCACGGAAGACGGUAACAUGGCAGACGCUGGAGUGGACUCUCUCAUGGCGAUGGAACUUGCUCGUGAGAUGGAGGAGGCCUUCCAUUGUACGUUACCUGCCACAGAUCUGAUGGAGGCAGAUACAUUCCGGGACUUGGUUCAUUGCGUCAAGACUGCCGUGGGAGAGUGUGACAAUAACGAGCAGGAUACUUCCAACUGGAGUCUAGAGGAUACAAGCUUCAAAGAUAGUAGUCCUGAGAGGGGCUUUAACACUCCUAACACCGAGCCAGGCACCGGUGUUGCAUCGGAUACUCCAGAUCUAGAGCUACCCUUGCGAAGUGUAUUAGAUGCAUUUGGGGAGACCAAAACGCUCACCGACCGUUUCCUUGCGGAGAAUAAGUGCAGCGGUCGUAUACAUAUCUUUGCUCCGCUGCAGACUGAGCUAUGUAUUACGUUAACAUUAGAAGCAUUUGAGCAACUGGGUUGUUAUAUCCGCACUGGGUUGCGUGGCCAGUGCCUCGACCGAAUACGAUUCGACCCGCAACAUCACGAGCUAGUAGACUACCUCUACAAGAGACUUGAAGAAGCAAGGCUUGUUGACCUAGCCGGCAACACUGUCAUUCGCACAGCCAUAUCAGCCCCCAACAAAUCCAGUCUCUCUAUUCUGGAAGAGAUUAAGCGCUCAUAUCCCGAGUAUGCUGGCGCUAGCAAGUUAGCGUAUUUCACAGGUAGUAAGCUGGCUUCGGUGUUGCGCGGUGAACAAGACGGCCUUCAUUUGGUUUUUGGUACUAAGGAGGGUCAGGAACUAGUAUCAUGGAUGUAUAGCGACGAGCCGCACAAUGUCGUGGGAUAUAUGCAAAUGUUGGACUUCAUAACACGGCUGAUACAAAAAGCUCCAGUAACAGGAACGGAGGUGGGAUCUCUCAAGAUUCUGGAGAUGGGAGCAGGUACGGGAGGUGGCACGAAAUGGUUUCUUCCCGCUUUAUCAAAGCUUGACAUCUCAGUCGAGUACACUUUCACCGAUAUCUCAACAGCCUUUAUUGCACAAGCCAGGCGACGCUUCAAAGAGUAUUCCUUUGUGCGAUAUCGUGUUCAUGAUAUUGAGAAGCCCCCUGCCGAUGACCUCGUCGGCACGCAGCACAUCAUUAUAGCCAGCAACGCUGUUCACGCUACAUCCAACCUGCAGGAGUCCACACGGAACAUGCGGGCGGCCUUGCGGCCAGAUGGGGUCGUUCUGAUGUUGGAAAUGACGCGACCAGCGUUCGCAAUUGAUAUUGUAUUUGGCCUCUUCCGCGGUUGGUGGGUGUUCAAUGACGGUCGCAACCAUGCCAUUGCCAACGAACAACGUUGGAAGGCAGAUAUGCACACGGUAGGAUACGGCCAUGUGGACUGGACAGAUGGUCAUUCGCCGGAAGCCAGCGUGCAGAGAGUUAUCUUCGCCACAGCAACUGGGACCGAAAGUCAACGCUUGCCGCUCGGCAACCCUAACGAGAAGGGACACCCAGAACAACAGGUCGAUAACAGCGUGCGGAGCAAAGUAACUACUGAGUACAUACGACGGAGUAUUGAGAGUUUCACUCCUCCCACAGCUUCACUCAGCGGUUUUGCGUCAGAUGGGCAGGUAGUACUAUUGACUGGUGGCACCGGUAGCUUAGGUAGCCAUAUUUUGGCACAUCUCGCUCGACAACAGUCUGUGAACAGAAUAUUCUGUCUGAACCGAAGCAAAGCCAAUGACGAAGCAUUCCAAAGACAGACAUCCGCACUACAAAAGCGCGGGAUCUCCUUGGCUGCUCACGAAAUGCGUAAGGUGGAAGUACUGGCAACAACAAUCUAUCACAAUAACCUAGGACUUUCGUCAGAGCAAUAUGACAUUCUGAAGACCACUGUCACCCAUAUGAUCCACAGCGCUUGGCCAAUGAAUGGGGCUUCGGACGUAUCAGCCUUUGAGAAACAAUUCCGAGUGAUGCGUCAUCUAGUCGACCUCGCAGGCGAGAUCGCAUGCCAUCGUCCCACGGACUCGGGAAUUAGGUUUCAGUUUGUUUCCUCUAUUGCAACUGUUGGACAUUACCCCCUCAUCACCAGUCAGAAUAAUGUCCCAGAACAAUCAACUAAAAUCGAGUUUGUAUUACCCAAUGGAUACGGUGAGGCAAAGUUUAUCUGCGAGCGGAUCCUCGAAGAGACUCUGCAGCGAUAUCCGAAUUGCUUCCAAGCUAUGAUCGUCCGCCCAGGCCAGAUCGCUGGGUCUUCCAGCAGUGGGUGUUGGAAUAUAGCAGAGCACUUCCCAGCCAUAGUCAAGUCGGCACAGACACUCAAGGUACUUCCAGACCUGCAAGGAGAGCUCUCGUGGACACCUGUGGACGAGAUCGCCGCUAGUCUGGUGGAGUUACUAGUCACCGACAGUACAUCCUAUCCGGUGUACCAUUUGGAUAACCCCGUCCGCCAACCGUGGCAUGAUAUGAUAUUCAUUUUGGCCGGUGAGCUUGGUAUUCCCACCAGUAACAUUGUCCCGUUCUCUGAGUGGAUCCAACGAGUCCGCAGCUUCCCGGGGUCAAGAGAAGAUAACCCAGCAGGUCUGAUGGCGGACUGGCUAGAAGAAAACUUCGAACGUAUGUCAUGUGGCGGUGUUGUGCUAGAAACCACAAGAGCGAGGGAGCAUUCCUCAACUCUGGCGGGAGUCAGGCCGGUCAAUGCGGAGGUCACUCGGCGGUAUUUGCAUAGUUGGAAGAAGCGCGGAUUCCUGCAUUAG